AUGUCACGUAAAAACAGCAACAAGAAAUUACAAGAAGAAGAGGAAGAAGAAUUCGAUGAGGAGAUUGAAGAAGAAGAAAUUGAUGAAGGUGAGGAGGUUGAAGAAGAGGAGGAAGAAGAAGAAGAAGAGGAAGAAGAGGAAGAAGACAGUGUUGAAGAAUAUGAGAUUCAUGUUUAUGAUGAAAAUGGAGAAGAAGUCCUCUUUGGAGAUGAAGAAGAUGAAGAAUGGAAUCCAGUUGUUGCUGAAAUUGCACCAGCACAAAAUAUAGAUGUGACACAAACUGCAACAAGUAAUUUUUGGAAAUGGUUACGAAAAGAUUGGAUUGAGUCUCAUGGUGGCUUACAAACAGUUAUCAGUAGAGGACUUUAUUAUGGUAAUGAUGAAAUUAAAAAAGCUUCUGGUACUACAGAAACUAAAGAGAAGGUUGAAGUUAAGAAAGAACGAGUUCAAGUUGAAUUAUUUGAUAAAUCUAUUCAAGGGGAUGAGGCAAUUGAAAAGAAACAUGUUGAAGUUAUUGAUAAAACAAAACAAAAAGAUAGAGAUGAAUUACCGUUGUACUUAAUUUGGUUAGAAGAAAACGCCAAUGCACAAACAUUAAAAUUCAAGAUUGCAUCUGAUAUUUUAUCUGUUUCUAUUACUAAUUAUGGAAGAAAUAAAAGACCUGGAAUUGGAAUGGAUAGUGAAUUUCUUGAUACUCUUCUUAAAACAUCCGAAAGAAUUCUUGAAUAUCUCAAAAAUAAUGAGGUUAUUGCUUUAUUAAAUGAUAAGUCAAUUAGUAAUAGAAUCAGUCUUUCUUUAAGUAGAAUUAUUGAAGAUGAAAUUCAUUCAUUGAAAGAGUUUAUUCCAUCAACAGAAAUGUAUUCUAAUAAAAUGCAAGAAAUUGUUAAAUUUUCAAAUAUUUCAUUAGUUGUAUUAGCUCAAUUAAAGAAUAUUGCUAAAAGUGGUAAUGCACUUGCAAAUGAUUUUAUUGAUAUCUUCAUUGAUUUAGCCUUAUCUAUUCUUAAGGCUAUUCAUUGUUUCCCAAAUGAAACAUCUUUCCUUUAUGACAACCAACCAAUAACCCUUAAAAAUUUAGUAACUGCACUUGCUACAGUUAUCUUUACCGAGUCUAAAGAUGAAGAAUCAAAACAAAUUGCAUUCCUUUGUCAUGUCUCUUAUCUUGCUUUAAAUGGAGAUUAUAGUGGUGCUUCAUUAUUAGUUUCAAUUCCAGCAACAUUAAUUAAUAGUAAUAUUCCAUUCCAAAUUUUACAUAAUAGAGCUGUUGCUCUUACUGCUCUUUCUGCUUUUAAGGCAAAAGAAUAUCGAUUGGUUUAUAAAUUACUUCAUGAUUUAAUUCAAACAAAUCAUGUUCAAGUUAUUCUUGGUCAAGCUAAUAUGAAAUCAGAAACAAGAUCAAUUCCACCACAUAUGUUCAUUGACAUUAAUGCAUUAACUGCAGCCUUUUAUUUCUCAGCAAUUGUUUCUGAAGAAGGAGAUUCUCCAAUGAAUAUCACUGCAUUCAAAAAAUUAAUUGAAAAUAAAUCUGCUGCUUUUAUUGUUCCAGCACAAAAUAUUAGUGGACAUGCCUGUGCAAUUCAUAGAGCUAUUCUCGAAGGAGAUUGGGUUUCUGCUUUUGAACGUAUUGACAUAAUUGAUAAUCAAACUACUCUGAAAUUAGAUUAUUCAGAUAUCAAAAAUAUUAUUAAAACAUUUGCAGCUAAAGCUUAUAUUAAGAAAUAUAGAGAUUAUUACAAUGACCUUACUCCAGAAUAUUUUGCUGAAUUAUUCCAAAUUAGUGAAGAUGAUGCAAAGACUCUAUUGAAUUAA